GGCAUUCCCAUCCCAUCCCAAUCCCAAUCCCCAAAUCCCAAUCCCCAAUCUCUCCCACCCCACUGUUUCUUCUCAGAAAAUUUUCCUUUCACAGAUACAUACCCACCCGUGUGCUCUGCUCCUCUCCUCUUUCUCAUCUUUCCAUUAAUUACUUAAAUGCCCUUCCCCUUCCUCCAAUCUUCCUCCUCCUAUCCCAUGGACUCCUAUUUCUCAGCGAUUCUCCUCUCAAUCAUCGUCUUCCUAAUCGCGGCGGCGAGGCGGCGGAGGCGCGUGCCUCCGGGGAGCCUCGGCCUGCCAUUCGUCGGAGAGACGCUGCAGCUAAUGGCGGCCUACAAAUCGGAAAAUCCGGAGCCGUUCAUCGACGACAGAGUCGCCCGAUACGGCGCCGUUUUCACGACCCACGUGUUCGGCGAGCGGACGGUUUUCUCCACCGAUCCGGAGACCAACCGGUUCGUUCUGCACAACACCGGCCACCUCUUCGAGUCGGACUACCCCGGUUCGAUCUCGAAUCUCCUCGGCCGCCACUCCCUGCUGCUCAUGCGCGGCGCCCUCCACAGCCGGAUGCAUUCCCUCACCAUGAGCUUCGGCAGCUCGCCGGUCAUCCGCGGUCACCUCCUGCUCGACAUCGACCGCCUCGUCCGCCUCAACAUGGACGCCUGGACCGGCCGGGUUUUGCUCAUGGAGGAGGCGAAGAAGAUAACGUUUAUGCUUACGGUGAAGCAGCUGAUGAGCUUCGAUCCUUGCGAAUGGACAGAGAAUUUGAUGAAGGAGUACAUGCUCCUCAUCGAAGGCUUCUUCACCAUACCUUCCUCGAUAUUCUCCACCACCUACAGAAGAGCAAUCCAGGCGAGAGGGAAAGUGGCGGAGGCGCUGAGUCUGGUGGUGAGAGAGCGGAGGAGGAACGACGGCGAGAGGAAGAAGAAGGACAUGCUAGCGGCGCUGCUCGACGAGGAGCGGGCGCGCGGCGGCCGCGCCUUCUCCGACGAGGAGAUCGUCGACUUCAUGCUCGCUCUCCUUGUCGCCGGUUACGAGACCACCUCCACCACCAUGACCUUCGCCGUUAAAUACCUGACGGAGACGCCCGCCGCCUUGGCGCAACUCAAGGAAGAGCAUGAGAAAAUAAGAGCACAAAAGGGUGAAGGAGAGCCUCUUCAAUGGGAGGAUUAUAAAUCAAUGCAUUUCACUCAAUGUGUGGUAAGCGAAACAUUAAGAGUGGCUAAUAUUAUCGGGGGUGUUUUCCGACGAGCAAUCACUGAUGUUCCGAUCAAAGGCGGCUAUACGAUCCCCAAAGGAUGCAAGAUAUUUGCUUCUCUUAGGGCUGUCCAUUUGAACGACGACCACUUCAAAGAUGCUCGAACUUUUAAUCCAUGGAGAUGGCUACAGAAUGCUUCAGAAUCGAUCAAUAGUUGUGUCAAUACAUUCACACCAUUUAGUGGAGGCCCUAGGAGAUGCCCGGGCGCGGAUCUUGCCAAAGUAGCGCUCUCGGUUUUUCUUCAUCGGAUGGUAACCCAAUUCAGAUGGACCCCGGCCGAGCAAGAUAAGGUUGUUUUCUUCCCAACAACGAGAACUCAAAAGAGGUAUCCGAUCAUCGUUGAGAGGAUAAAAUGAUAUACAUAUAUAUAUAUAUAUCAAUGUAGGAGGCAAGAUUCUAGUCAAAAUAUUACUUUGCUAUGCCAAUAAAUUGAAUAAUAUGAUUACAUGGCUAGUUUAUAAGGUUUAUAAAUGUCAUUAGCAAUAUAAUGUUAAUGUAGAUUGGUGACAUUUCAUUUUGAUGGUAGGAUGACAGAGAUUAAUAUUCAUAUACAUUUAUUUUGUUUCAGAUAAAUGUUCUUUUUCA